CUCCUCCUCCUCUUCUUCUUCAGCUCAGAGACACUAAAGUCCGUCCAGCUCGUCGUGUUUGUCUGAAGCUCUCUGACUCCUGAACUUCACACCGACCGACACCUGCAGACUUUUAUCCUCACAGUGAGUUUUUAUCGCAUUUAUUCACAUUUUUAACGAACAGACAGUCUUUUUUACCGUAAUAUUUAUAACAGAAAUAUUUAAAAUUCUCAGUUUUUAUCAGUUAAAGGUAUUAGAGGUGACUUUUUUCUGCCUCCACAACAACAGAGACGAUUUUACUCACAUUAAAAAUCUUCCUGCUGCAGAUUUUAUCAACACUUAUUUUAGGUUUAUUUCUUCUUUUUUUAAAUGUUUUUUCAUAUUUUUCAUCAGUUGUUUUUUAGUGCAGCACUGAUUUUCAUCCUCUCUCUCUCUCUGAUAUUUGUUAUUCUCUCUCUCUCUCUCUCUCUCUCUCUCUCUGUCUCUCUCUCUCCUUUGGGAAAUGAGCGAAUUUACUUUGCAUUGCAAAUGUUUAGUUACGCAAUCUAACUGUUCAGAGACACAGACAGGUGUUCUGUGUCCUCUCAGCUAUCACAUCUGUCCUCGCAGACAGGUUUGGGAGGUCUUUAAUUAAUUUUAUUUUUAAUUAUUUUAAUUUUAACUUUAUCUGAGUUUAUUUUUAAAGGUUUAGAUGGAUUUAGGAGUUUUUUUUAUGACAGAUUUCUGUCCCAUCAGCUCCUUAUUUUGACUCAAAUUGAUGCAGAAUUACAAAAAUGUGUGUCAGGAGCUGCAACAAAAUAAGUUUAAAGUCGCAUUAUUUAUUAUGAAGAGGGUCUUUAAAUCUAAAACAACCACUUUAUGGCUGAACUUUGACUCUUAUGUGGCUUUAUUAAGAUUUUAAACCAUCAGUUUAAUGAAUUUUAAUGCUAAAAAGAUGUAAAAUCAUGAAAACUUGGAUGUUUAUCUCAAAGUUUAGACUCUAUCUGAUCCGUCUAUGAUUUGGUGAAUUGCUCACCUGCAAAUUUUACCGUUACUACUUUGGUGCCAUCAAAAAUAGAGAAAGAAAAAUAUGACUUAUUAUCUGUUAUUAAGAUAAACUGUUUUUAAUCUCCUCACUUCUCUAUGUCCAAUGGUAAAAUUUAAAAGUGUUUCUCUGCUGGAAAAUAUUGAUUUUAGUUUAAUUUUAAAGGCGUAAACAGUCAAGUCCGGACUUACAACUUUUUAUUUAGUAUUUGUUGUGUUCAUAUGUUUUUUUUUUAAUUGAUUUUACUUUUCUGUUGAUGUGUCUUUUAACUGCCCUAUAAGGCGACCACAAAUAAAAUGUAUUAUUAUUUUUAUUAUUAUUAUUGUAAUUAUUAAUAAAGCUCUGAUUUCCUCUCAUAUCUCCUCCUCCCUUCGUCUCCUCUGCGCAGAGAAAAGCUCAUCCUCCUCACACCUUUCCGAAAAGUGAAUUUUUGCCGGUUCACCCUGAAGAUGGAGAAGUACGAGAAGAUCGGGAAAAUCGGCGAGGGUUCGUACGGCGUCGUCUUCAAGUGCAGGAACAAAGACUCGGGUCAGAUCGUCGCCAUCAAGAAGUUUGUGGAGUCGGAGGACGACCCCAUCAUCAGGAAGAUCGCUCUGAGGGAGAUCAGGAUGCUCAAGGUGACACAAAACCACCCCGUCUAUAAAAAUAAUGAGACAAACUUUGUCCACAAGGAGGUGCCAAAAUCAAAAUGAACAGAAAGUUACUUACAGGAGCUUUAAUUCUACGCACUCUUAAAGUAUAAAUCCUGAUUUUAGCGCCAUUAAAUUUGUGUUUUUUCUUUCUUUUUGUGCAUCCAGGAGAGAAAUGUGAGAUUAUUUCUGCAGAGAGCUGAAGUCAAAGUGGAAAAAAAGGCUGAAAAUCUUUUCUGUGAAAAUCUGAUUCAGACUUUUGGACAAAUAAAGACAUUUAAGAUUUCAUCAGAGCGAGAAUAAACCACAAAAACAUCGACAAAAAUAUACCUUUCCUUUAAACCUGCUUAUUAAAGGUCUAAACAGAUAAUAAUCAGAGAUGCUCGUCUCAUGUCAGACCUUUAAUUAGUCAUGCAGAGGUCAGCUGGACGCCCCGCUCAUAAAUAGGACAGGAUGGGGGCUGGUUGUCGGGGGAACCGCAUGUUUAUGACCGGCUGUUCACAGUUUGCUGUUUGAUGGGAGGAAAAACGAAGACGGUCACUUUGGUCGGCUGGUUUGAGUUAAACUGGGUUUGAUGGUUUUUAGAUGAAGGUGUGAAGGAAAAUAAUAAUAAAAACUUUAUUUAUAACGUACUUUUAAAAACAAGAGUUUACAAAGUUCUUUAACAGGCAGGAAAACAAAGAAGAUAAAAAACAAGAGAAGACGAAGGGGAAAUGACACAUGACUGUGAAUAAAGAAAUAAAAUAAAAUAAAGAUCAGUGAGAGACAUAAAAGUUCUGAUGAGCUGAGACGACAUUAAAAUAAAGACAUUAUAAGAGCUUAUGAUACUGAGCCGACACAGGAACCAAACCACAAAACCCUGAGACCAAGAGAACGAUUAUAAAACAUGAACAAUAAAAGGUUUGAAAGAAGAAAAAAUCUAAUAAAAGCAAGUCUAUAAAAAUGAGUUUAAGACGUGAUUUAAAAGCAGUAAAAUGUUAAAAAGAUGAUAUUUGUGAAAAUCAGACUCGUUAAGUAGAUUCCUGAGUGACAGCAGGAACUAUGAGACCAUUAGUGACAGUAAGAUCAGUUCUUUUGACUGAAUCUUUAGAAUUCGUUCAUUAAAAGGAUUCGUUCAGAAGAUUCGUUCACUGAAUCAGUCAGUUCUUCAGAGCCCCAUCCUGUCGGUUCAGUAGACCAGUGAGUGACACAGCGGCAAGUUCGUUCAUUGACCCCUUCCCUCCCUGCUGAUUCAGUUCACGUCGUUCACUCAGCAGUUCCGUUCUUUUGAAUGAAUCGUUCAUGAGCAACACAACACUAGAGACCAUCAUCUCUGGGGUUUAGGGGGAAAAGGAUGUUUUUUGGAGUUUGGCGCCCCCUGUGGACAGAGUGAGCCCUCUCUUCUCUUUUAUCGUACGUGUUAAAAUCGUGUUUUCACGUCUUGCUGUCUUGUAAAAGUGUAAAUCAUAACAGAAGAAGGCUGUUGGUUCAGCCUGCUGUCAAUCAUGUGGUCGAACACCCGCCCCCUCUCUCUUUUUCUGUCACACCUUUAAUUUCACCGUUUUUUUCUUCUUCUCUUUCUUCUCUGUGUUUUUUGUUUUCUUUGCAGCAACUAAAACACUCCAACCUGGUGAACCUGAUCGAGGUCUUUCGCCGUAAACGGAAACUUCACCUUGUGUUCGAAUACUGCGACCACACCGUCCUCAACGAGCUGGACCGCCAUCCCAGAGGGUGAGUGUCUUAAAUCGGGCAGUGACUCCCUAAGCAAGGGGGCAUCUAGUGUGUAGGAUGUUCUUUCUGGAGAUCAUAGAUGCUGCUUUAAUAAUCAAGAUCCAGGAACACCAGAGCAAAUAUAAGAGGGACUGAGGGGAAGUGGAUCUGGUGAGAUGAUUCAGAAUUUGACAUUCAUUGUGGAAAUCUUGGACGCCACAUCCUGCUCAGUUCUGCAGCCUGCGUCCCUGAUGGUACGGGGAUCCAGACGAGGACUUCUUCAGGGGAAACUUCAUAUUUUAGACCACAUUCUGCACGGCUGUGUAGUAGAAGAGUCCUGAAAUCCUCCUCCAGAACCCGGUCUCCUCAGAUCCCUCACGUUUUUAUUCUCACACUUUUUUCGCCGUCAUCUCUUAUAUUUUGUUUUCCUCGGUCUUUCCCUCGCUCAGCUGUUCCACACUGCAGCUUUGUCGGGUCAGGGACCGUCAUCUGUCAGUGUUGCCGUGGAAAUGUCUAAAUCAAGCCCUGAGACUGGUCAUUAAUAACAAGCUCCGCCCCCUUCCCCUCCACUUUGUUCUCCGCUCUUUUGAACGUCCAGGAGGCUUCAGGCCAGGACCAGAGGAGGAGAAGGGAGGAGGAGGAGGGAGACCAGACGACGUAAAAGAAAAACACUCACAGUAUAAAAUGUGGCCUAUAGAGUCCAGACAGCUCCCCGCCUGCAAAGCAUUCUGGGAGAGCAUCACUGUAAACAUUCCACAGCGCGCAGGUCAGCUUCCCCGGAGACGAGCGUUGUGCCCCGGACAAAAGCGGAGAGUCCGGUGUGGUGGAUGUGGACCGUGGAGAUAACACAAAGUACACUGUGUUUAAUCCAGAGCAGCCCCACUCAGAUUUAUGCUCCCAUCCUCACACUCUAUACACUCUAGAUCUAUACUGUACAACCAACACAGGAAGACGACCUUAAAGGAAUAUUCAGGCGAAAAUUAAAUUAAGGUCAAACACACCGUAACCCCGAGUUAGACACCCCCUCCAGAGAUGAAUGUUGUCGACCGCUUGCUUCUCUAGUUAAACCAACUUUAGGAACAACCGCAGGAUAGUAAUACAGAGAGCGAGACCUCAGACCAGUCUAUUACAGACUACAGCGGGGUGCCGCAGCUCAAGGAAGAACAUUUAUGAUCAUUUCUUCAUGGAAAUACAAUCAGACCGAGACGCUAAGACAGAAGAACUACCACGUCUGUCGAGAAAAUGAUUAAUAUGGUGAUUAUUACUUCAAGGAAAUGAUAAAGAAAUGAUCAUAAAUGUUCUUCCUUGAGCUGCGGCACCCCGCUGUAGUCCGUAAUGGACUGGCCUGAGGUCUCCGUACAAACAAGCGUCUGCUGGAAGAGAGUAGGUGAGUUGUGUUUAGUCUCUUUGCUAAAGAAAUGAGUCAAAGUUAAAAAGAUGUUUGGUGUCUAGUACUAUGUCUGUGACCCUAUAUGUCCUGUUGAUGAAGUUAGGUGCUGUUCUGAGCAUUAUUUGUGGCUAUAGAGUGGCGUUUUUACACCAGAAUAUCCCUUUAAAUAGAUGUUUUUUACUGAUCCAGGACUGAAAGGAUAAACAAAGACGUUCGUAAAGACAUUUAAAAUCUAAAGUUUCUUGUUUGUUUUCAGACGAUUUUCUUUGAAUGUUUCGUCUUUGUUCUGAUAAAGACGAAACAUUGGGUCCAGAGAGGUCUCUGAUGGUUCUGGAUUCUGGUUCUACCUGGUUUCCUUUUUUACAUGGUUCAGCUUGAACCUCAUUUGUGGAUGCAAGUAUGAACUGUACUCAGAGAUGAUGCUUUUAAAGCCCAUGUGGUGAUUUCCACUCCAGAGUCCUGUCUGCUUUUAAUGCCCUGAAGAUCAGGACCAAGUCUUGGUUUUGUUCCUUGUCUCUUUUAAAAGGAGUUUUUUUUUAGUCUUUUAAUGAUAUUUUAUACUGUAGGUGAUGAUUCUCUCACUUUAUUAUUUCCUCUCGAUCAGUUAAAAUCACUGAGUUUAUUGAUUUUUCUGUGUCGUCUCUCUCAGAGUCCCGGAUCACCUGGUGAAGAGUAUCACCUGGCAGACUCUCCAGGCUGUAAACUUCUGUCACAAACAGAACGUGAGUGUCUCUCUCUCUUUGUCUGUUUUUGUGUCUCCUCUCUUCGUCUCUUUCGGCUUGUUUUUGAAUUCCUGGCCUCUCCUCCUCCCUCCCUCCUCCGGCUCCCUCCUCACCAUCUGUUUUAUGGCUCCUUCUUUUUUUUUACACGAAUUCCUUCCCCUCGGCUGAGCAGCACGUUAAUGGAUCACCGAGACACAACAAGAGGAACAGCGAGGGCCCCGGUCUGAGUGAAAAAGCGGCGUUCCUCUCAGAGUCUCUAAACUCUGAUGUGUUUUUUUUUUUUAGUGCAUUCAUCGAGACGUGAAACCUGAGAACAUCCUCAUCACCAAACAUCAGGUCAUCAAACUCUGUGACUUCGGCUUCGCCAGGAUCCUCAGUAAGACUUUCAUGAUAAAUACCUGUCAGCGCCACCUGGUGGACUCGAUGGUCCACUUUAAGGUCCUGAAGUGUCUCAGAUGUGUUUCUGUCUCUUGUGUGUCCAGCUGGUCCCUGUGAUUACUACACAGACUACGUAGCGACUCGUUGGUACCGGGCCCCUGAGCUGCUGGUGGGGGACACUCAGUACGGCCCCCCGGUGGACGUCUGGGCCGUCGGCUGUGUGUUUGCUGAGCUGCUGUCGGGGAUCCCUCUGUGGCCCGGGAAGUCCGACAUGGACCAGCUGUACCUGAUCCGCAAGACCCUGGGUGAGACAGAACACGACUGAAUGGAACAGAACAAAAUAGAACAGAACAGAAUAGAAUCAAAUAGAUUGGGAUAUAAUAAAAAUGAAUAGAAUAAGAUGGAACAAAAUAAAUUUUAACAGAAAAGAAUAGAAUAAAAAAGAAUAGAGAAAAUAGAAUAAAGUAGAAUAAAAUAGGAAAGAAUGGAAUAUAGUAGAUUAGAAUGGAGCAGAAUUAAGUAAAUUAGAAUAGAAUGAAAGAAUAGAGAAGAAUAAAUUAGAACAAAAUAGAACAGAAUAGAAAAAAAUAGAAUGAAACAGAAUACAAUAGAAUAAAAUGAAAUACAUUGUGAUAAAAUAGAUCAGAAUAGAAUAGAAAAAAUAGAAUAGAGUAGAACAGAAUAGAGUAAAAUAGAUAAGAAAAUAGUAGAAUGAUAGAAAAGAAUAAAACAAAAUAGAAUAGACUCGAAUAGAAUGAAAUACAUCAUGGUAAAAUAGAAUAGAAUAGAAUAGGAUAAGAUAAAAUAGAUCAGAAUAGAAAAAAAUAUAAUAGAAUUCAAUGUAACAGAAUAAAACAGAACAGAGUGAAAUAGAUUAGAAUAGAGUGGAACGAUAGAAUAGAAUAAAGAAGAAUAGAAUAGAAUACAGUGAAAUAGAUUAGAAAAUAAUAGAAUGAUUGAAUAGAAAAGAACAAAGUAAAAUAGAAUAACAACAAAAUAGAAUAGAAAAGAACAGAAUAGAAGAGAGCAGAGUGAAAUAGAUAAGAAAAGAAUGGAACGAUAGAAUAGAAUAGAAUAGAAUAGAAUAGAAUAGUUGGAUGGUUGAGUGACUGUAAGAACAAAAGCUUUACCUUCAGCUCCGCCCCCUUUUCACCUCAUUGGUCCAGAACAGAACUGUUAAAAACAAUUCUCCACUGGUCUUUUUUUAAGUGUUUACAACAAAAACUCUCAGAAUAAAACGGUAAAAUCGUGAUUUACAGUAAAAUCCACUCAUAUCGUGAGAUCAGCAGCUUUUCUUUCCCACAGAGAAUUUCAGAGACUUUAAGGCGUCCUGAUGUUCACUCGUGUGAUCUACAGUAAAGACAGCUCAGUAUCUGACAUUAAAACAACUCUUUAAAUCUGAACAGUGAAUUAAUAUGUGUGUGUGUGUCCGUCUCUUCUGCAGGAGACCUGAUCCCUCGACAUCAGCAGGUUUUCAGCAACAACCAGUUCUUCUGCGGAGUUUCCAUCCCAGAACCUCAGGAGAAGGUGAGACACAAAAAAACGCUCCGACCUGACAGCGUCACAUACGGGGAUCAUGUUAUUUGGUAUAACACAUUUAGAAACGGUCACACUUUGGCUUUCUGUGGUAUUUUGUUUUCAUCCUUGACUCUGUGCAGAAACAAUAAAAGUCAAAGUGAAAUAAGAAGAUAAAAAUCAGGUUUAAUGUUGGUGAUUUUGUCUCCCUGCAGGAACCUCUGGAGCAGAAAUAUCCAAACUUGUCCCACCAAGCUCUGAGUAUCAUGAAGGUAAAAAAAAAAAGUGUUUUAGAAAUAAUUAAAAUAUCAACGUCUGCAGCCGAUCAGAUCUCCUCUAUCCUCCGGUGAACAUUAUAAAUCCAUAAAUUUGUAGAUUAGUUCAACUUUAACUUCACCGUCUCCUGUCCACGUGGUUCAGGGUUGCCUGAGGAUGGACCCCGCGGAGCGCCUGACCUGCGAGCAGCUCCUGCAGCAGCCGUACUUCGACAGUCUGAGGGAGAAGAGCGAGAGUACGUCACGAGAGCAGGAGCGCAACAAGCGGACGCGGUUCCCCCGGAAACACCUGCCGGCAGGGGUAAGAGACGAAACCUGGAGGAGGCGAGCUUUAUCAGCCUGUAGGGGGCGCUCUAAGUGAUUUGUCCUCACUCUUUCUCUCUUCAGUAUCUGCCUCAGCUGACCGGCAGCAGCAUCUUCCCCACCGUGGACAACAAGAGAUACUACAACAACCUGCGCAAGUUCAACUACCACCUCCCCAACAUCUAAGCGCUCUGCUCUCUCAGGACGCCGGGUCGCACGUUUGUUUUCCAACCACCUUUUUGAAGGUUUGAUGUCCGUCUAUGCACUACCCCCCGCCGUGUCGGUUCAUGAAUGACGAGUUUGUUUUUUUUACACUUUGAGGUUUUAGAGACAAGGAGUGGCGUGCCGCUCCGCUCGUAGACAGACGGUGAAACUGCCUCGCCUGUUUGCCAAAUUGUAUUUUUAUAAAAAAGACGGACUCUGCAGGAGUGACGGGUUUUUAUUCGAGUUUUUAAAUUAUAAACGUGAGGAGAAACCUUUAAAGCAUAUUUAUUGACACUAGGAGUCAAACAUUCCCAUAUUUAAGAGCAAAUCACGACAAAAAGACGACAUUUUAUUCUUUAUUUCUGAAGCUUUGGUGCUAAGGAUGUUCACAGCCAUCUGUCUGUUUUCACGUUUGUACAAAUUUUGCCAAAUUUAUGUACAGAAAAUGAUGAACUUUGACAUCCUGGGCAUGUGGAGUCACAUGUAACACCUGAAACGCUGAAAAUAAACAACACAAGAGUUCAAUUUU